GUUGUCUUGGAGAGGGACGCGUAGGCGACGCCACCGCGGACGGGUCGGAUCCGGUCCCUGGACGCGGAACAGAGAUCCCCUGAUUCAGCCACCCUCAGAGUGAGCCCGGUAGAGUGCGGUCCUACCUUUCCUGCCCCGACGAAGGUCCCGGAGACGCUGCGGACAACACCAGCAUGUCGAGCGAGCAGAGCGCGCCGGGGGCCUCGCCCAGGGCCCCGCGUCCGGGGACCCAGAAGUCUUCUGGCGCGGUGACCAAAAAGGGAGAGCGCGCAGCCAAAGAGAAGCCGGCGACCGUUCUGCCACCCGUGGGGGAGGAGGAGCCCAAAAGCCCUGAGGAGUACCAGUGCUUGGGUGUCCUCGAGACCGACUUCGCAGAGCUCUGCACGCGGUGGGGCUACACAGACUUCCCCAAAGUUGUCAACCGGCCCCGCCCCCACCAGCCCUUCGUCCCCUCCGCCUCUUUGUCGGAAAAGACCACCUUAGACGAUCCGUGGCUGUCGGGGUCCUGCAGCCUCAACAGCCUGGAGAGCAAAUACGUGUUCUUCCGGCCCACCAUCCAGGUGGAGCUGGAGCAGGAGGACAGCAAGUUGGUGAAGGAAAUCUACAUCCGCGGUUGGAAGGUUGAGGAACGGAUUUUGGGUAUCUUCUCUAAAUGUCUGCCCCCGCUCACCCAGCUACAAGCCAUCAACUUGUGGAAGGUGGGGCUGACGGAUAAGACCCUGUCCACCUUCAUCGAGCUCCUGCCUCUCUGUUCAUCCACGCUCAGGAAGGUGUCUCUGGAGGGGAACCCACUGCCGGAGCAGUCCUAUUACAAGCUCAUGGCCUCGGACAGCACGAUUGCGCACUUGUCUCUGCGGAACAAUAACAUCGACGACCGCGGGGCGCAACUCCUGGGCCAGGCGCUGUCCACGCUGCACAGCUGCAACCGGACCCUCGUCUCGCUCAACCUGGGCUUCAACCACAUCGGGGACGAGGGCGCAGGCUACAUCGCGGACGGCCUCCGGCUGAACCGUUCCCUGCUCUGGCUGUCCCUGGCCCACAAUCGCAUCCAGGACAAGGGCGCCCUAAAGCUGGCUGAGGUCCUGCGCGCCUUCGAGCUGACACACACCGAAGUGGUGGAGCGCCGACGCCUCCUGCUGGAAAAAGGGACGCAGGAGCGCUCGCGAUCGCCCUCCUCUUCUCGUCACGGGGACUCCAAAACGGACCGUGAGAAGAGUCAGAUGGUAGGGAUCAGCAAUAGUGCAUUGGUGGAUAAGACAGACAAGACGCAGACAAUGAAAACCCCUAAGGGCCUGGGCAAGAAAAAGGAGAAAUCACUGGAAUUGGCCAAGAAAGAUGAGAAGUCAGGGUCUGGGCAGUCACCCACACAAGGAACCCCUAAGAAAGAAGACACCACAAAGGCAGGCAAGGGGAAGGUAACCAUCCCUGAGCAGAAGCCAAGCAGGACAAAAGGGAUCAAGAUCGGGAGCAGAGAGAAGCGCAGCAUCCUCCUGGAGUCCGAGCUGGUUGUUGAGGCUACUGAGGUGGUCAACCCUCUCCUGGAGCCUGUGGAGCACCGAGAUGGGAAAGUUUUCAUGCCUGGGAACAAGGUCCUUUUGCACCUCAAUCUCAUCCGGAACCGCAUCACAGAGAUGGGGCUGGAGGGCUUCCUCGCCACAGUACAGUAUCAGAUGCAGUUCUCCAAGGCCAAGAGUGCAUCCAAGGGUCCAGUGGGGCUGCUGUGGCUGUCCCUGGCUAAAAACCACUUCGCCCCACAAUGUCCUGCGUACGCCAUAAUCCAGGAGCUGAUGUUGCCAAGGGAUCCCAUCAAGGCCAAACUCAGGGAGGAUGAGGCCAUGGCAUUCUUCCCCUAGCCCCUCCCACCUGCUUGCCUCUAAGACUCGGGGCUAUAGAAGCACCUCCUGUCCCUGUGUGGGGUGACCUCCCUGGGGGAGAUCUCAGACCAAUAACAAAGUCUGUUGCUAU